CUGAUUUUUCAAAACUCAAUUCAACUACCUAUUCAACGCACACCAAUUUCUAAUUUGAAUUUUUAUUUCAAAGAUAAAAGCUGGAGGUGUGGACUGGAUUUAUUUAAAAAGUAUUUUUGCUUUCGAAUAGUGUUAGUGUAUAACUGUGGCAAAGAAAAGAUGGCUCAACAGGUAGCGGUGCCGCCUAAGGAACGAUACAUCCCCAAUGGGCUCAAGUUUGCCUUCGGUGGACUUGCCGGAAUGGCAGCCACAUGUGUAGUCCAGCCAUUGGAUUUAAUAAAAACUCGUAUGCAGUUGAGUGGCGGUGGCCGCACAUCCUUUGCAGUGGCCGGGGAGAUUAUUGCCAGGGAGGGGUUCUUCUCUCUGUACACAGGGCUCUCCGCAGGGCUGCUGAGGCAGGCUACAUAUACUACCACGCGACUUGGGAUCUAUAAUCUACUGUUUGAUUCAUAUAGAGAACGCAAUGAGGGUGCCGCACCAGGAUUUGCCGUCAAAAUGUUCUUGGGUAUCACAGCCGGUUCCGUAGGUGCCUUCGUAGGCACGCCUGCUGAGGUUGCGUUAAUUCGAAUGACUGCUGAUGGCAGACUACCAAAGGAGCAACGUAGAAACUACAAAAAUGUUAUGGAUGCACUGAUCAGGAUAGUACGCGAGGAAGGUGUGUUAAAGUUGUGGCGUGGGGCCAUGCCCACUGUUGGGCGCGCUAUGGUGGUCAACGCGGCGCAGCUUAGCACUUACUCACAGGCUAGAGAAAUGUUCGUAGGAUACGUGCCUGAUGGUAUUACGCUGCACUUCUGUGCGUCCAUGGUGUCCGGUCUCGUCACCACCAUCGCCUCCAUGCCUGUUGACAUCAUCAAGACAAGAAUCCAAAAUGCGGCUAAGGGUCAAUCCCAACUGACGGUUGUGACGAGCCUCCUCAAGAAUGAGGGCGUAUUCUCUCUAUGGAAAGGCUUCCUGCCGUACUAUGCGCGCCUCGGGCCUCACACCGUGCUCACGUUCAUCUUUCUCGAGCAGAUGAACUCCGCGUACUUCAAGUACACGUAGAUCGAGAUGGAUGUACACCGCUUCAAAGUUCAAACACUUAGACAAGACUUAGGCUAAGCUUAGACU